GCCAUUGGCGGAGCACACGUUCUCCAAAUUGAGCCUAAUGAAGCGCUAGCUAAAAGGCAGAAAUAUGGCUCUUUUCUGCAGCCUGCUAAUGUCGCUAUUUUUUUAAUUCUUAGUUGUCCACGACAUGGCGUUUUCCCUGAGAAACGACUCCCACAGGCCUGAGAGCCCUGACACUGAGUCUCCGGCCUUGUCCACCUGCAGCAACGCAGAUAUCUUCCGCAGGAUGAACACUAUGUUGGGCAACGCGCUGGACUUGACCGGGGUGUGCACCACUCCUAACCCCGCCAAGGGCAAGCCCGACGUACUGUGUGAGUCGGAGCUGGCUGCGGUGGGCAGCAGAAGGAUGCUUUUCCCAAACUGUGGAGUCUCCCAGGACAUGGCGUCCCCCCGGGGCCAGCUGGGUGUCACUGACCUGGGCUUGGGCCUUCAGUCCCUGCGCCUGUCGGGCUGGGACAGACCAUGGAGCAGUCAGGACACUGAUGCACAGCCCUCGCCCUCUCAGGUCCAGACCAGCUCUCCCUCCAUGCUAGGUAUGCUGAACAGCCCCUUCAGUGGGAUCCUUGGGAAGCCCCCUGGAUACCUGUGCCCUGAGUCAAUGGGCAUGACUGCAGACUUCCUGGAGAAGUUUCCCUGCAUGGCUCGCAUGGCGUCGCACAGACUGGACUCCAGCUCUUUUCUGGACUCUCGCUCCAGCAGCCCAGAGGACUCUGAGACCAGCGGCUUCAGCUCUGGUUCAGACCACCUCUGUGACAUGUUGUCCACUCUGCGCAUCUCUCCUCCCCUGCCUUACCUCACGUCCAACAUUCAGAAGGACCUGCUGAGGCUGGGCUCCCGUCUGGAUCCACAGGACACUAGCUCCCCGCUGACCCCUCCCCCUGGGGCCAGUCCCGCCUCCUCAGCUUUGUCCCGUCGCUGGCGCUCGGGCUCUCCCUGGCCUGGAUCUGAUGUCCUGGACCAGUCGGAUGCUUUCAGCAUUGAGCGUGAGGCACGCCUACACAGGCAGGCAGCAGCUGUGAAUGAAGCCACUUUCACCUGGAGCGGCCAGCUGCCUCCAAGAAAUAACAAGGAUCCACUCUACUCCUGCAAAGUCUUUCUGGGUGGAGUGCCCUGGGACAUUACAGAAUCUGGUCUGAUUGCCACCUUCAGCAGUUAUGGCCCUCUGAGUGUGGAGUGGCCGGGUAAGGAUGGCAAGCACCCUCGCUGUCCUCCCAAAGGUAAUGUGGCCAAAGGCUAUGUCUACCUGAUCUUUGAGAAUGAGAAGUCAGUGAGGGCAUUGCUGCGUGCAUGCUCCCAGGACCCAUUCCACCCAGAGGAUAACAGAGAGUAUUAUUUUAAGAUGUCCAGUCGCAGAAUGAGAUGCAAAGAUGUGCAGGUGAUCCCCUGGGUGAUCUCGGACAGUAACUAUGUGCGCUGCCCUGCUCAGCGCUUGGACCCCAGUAAGACUGUUUUUGUGGGGGCCCUUCAUGGCAUGCUGAACGCAGAGGCUCUGGCCAGUAUCAUGAACGACCUGUUUGGAGGAGUCAUGUACGCGGGCAUUGACACGGACAAGCACAAGUACCCCAUAGGCUCUGGACGUGUCACGUUUAAUAAUCAGCAGAGUUACCUGAAGGCUGUGUGUGCUGCCUUUGUAGAAAUAAAAACGCCCAAGUUUACAAAAAAGGUGCAGAUCGACCCCUAUCUGGAGGACUCCAUGUGUCAAGUCUGCCUUCGUCAGCCUGGGCCGUUCUUCUGCAGGGACCAGGCCUGCUUCAAGUACUACUGCCGCUCCUGCUGGCACUGGCAACACUCCAUGGACAUCUUGAGCAACCACCGGCCCCUGAUGCGCAACCAGAAGAAUCGCGAGUCGAGCUAGAGCUGAGCAGGAGGACACCCAAGGGCCAAAUGAAGCGCUCCAAUCGGAGUGAUGCUGCUGCCCGCCGAGAGAGCACCAGAGCCAGGCCUCAGCCCGAGCCCGGCCCUGCACCAGGCACUGGGGAUUUCACUGUAGAAAUGUUCACUUUUGCACUUGAUCUUUUUUGCUGUUCACAGUGGCACUUUGCACAGUGACCUUGUUGGAGACAAGGGGCCCUUCACGUUUAUGCAUUUUCUUAACUUGUGGCCAGACAGAAAGGUGGGAGUCGGCCUAGAGUUGGGCAGAUGGGAAUGCCGUUUUUCUUUUACUUUUUAUGUUGCAUAGUGAAGAGCGAUCACGCCAGUCUCAUUGCCUUUCAACGGCAAACGCCAUACAGUGCCUUUAAAUUUUUAGUUUUCCUUCUCCCUCCCCAGUUGGUCUUUUUUUCCCUGCAAGCCAACUGGUGUUUCUGGAGUUGAACGUUGGCCUUCAUUUAACCAGUCGCAUUUCAGACAUUUUUACGCAGUUUUUUACUAAUUUGUACCCACGGUUUUAAGUCGAAACAUGAGAAUUUUGAACAGGAUUCUACCAGGCGGCUGUUGAUGGGGACACCCUCUUAUUUUUCAUUUUGAGUCGUAUGUUUUUUCUUUAACGAUUAAUAUUUUAAUUUGCCCUCAAUUUUCAACAGAAUGGGCACUGAGUGUUGGUAGUACUACUUUAACUUUGUCAGUCCAGUUUAUAUUAAAUGUAACAAUAGUACUAAAUACACUUUAACUGGUUAACCUAAUUUUAAAUCAACUGCUGGAUCUUGUUGAGACUCGAGUGAAUUCAUGUUUUGAUUGUACAUAGUUUGUUGCACUUUUUAAUUUGCACUUGGGAGGUGGCUGUGGUUUUUAAUCACUUUUGUACAUCAGCAGAGGAACCUAUCUAGACUACAGCUUGUUUCCUGCUGAGUGUAAGAACUUCCACUCUGCUGAUAAAUGAAUCGAUCUAUUCCAAACUUGUGUAGACCUCACUCAAUGAUUCUCCCAUGCUCCUCCCACCCAUAUGCCUUCCUGUUCUGGUAUGAAGCUGUGUGCCAAAGACAUGACAUGUCUUCUGUCUCCAUUCGGUUGUCACGCUGAGCUGGUGUCUAAGCCCAGCUGCUUUUAGAGUUUUGAAAGUCUACCUCAUUGUGGUCUGCCAAGUUUGCUGCUACUACUGUUGCGGAGUAUGUUCAGAUUGGGCACAAUAAAGGUGUUUAAGCAUUA